CAUUUCGAUGACCCCUGGGCGUUUUCUGUUAAUAAUACUUUGAUCAAAGAAAUUAAUGAUUCGUGAUGGUUUUAAAAGUCAGGGUGUCUUGGCGGAUUUGGUCGGGUUCGAGACCCUGGAAGGAUGGAUUGAUUUCAUGGGGAAUCAGAUAUCGUAGAUCGUGUGUCAAAGCUUGAAUUGAAUACGGUAAACAGUACGUAUUUAUUGCAACCACUUGCCGUCCGAGGAGCUUAAUUUUCAUAUCAUAUGACGAUGACCCGAGGCCGAAGUAAUAUUUAACGCCAACUAACAUUGAUCUCAAUGUCGAGAAGAGAUCCCGAGGCGACAAAUCGCUUCUUCAGUGCUUCAGUCAUGAGAGAACAACAGCAGCAGCAACACAUCAGCGGCUUCCCUCAAAACACCCUGUCUCUAUCAAGACGACAUAGUAGUCUCUCUACCAACGGUACAAAAGAAAAAUCAAGUCAUGAUAGAACGCAAAGAAGUAAUAGUGUGAGUACAGUUGUCCAACCACAUGGUAGUGGUAGUAUUCCAUUGCGGUGUUCUUUCGACGCGUCUAAGAGACGACCUAGUCUCGCAAUCGCCUCUAAGCCCAAGGAUUCCUCAAGCAAUCCGUUGGAACAGUAUUCUUUAGUGGUACUUGGUGUUGGAGGCGUUGGCAAAACAGCACUCGUCGUGCGAUAUGUCACUGGACGAUUCUUGCACGAGUAUGAUCCAACAUUAGAAAUGACAUAUGAAAAAGAAUUACACAUUGGAGAAAACUCAGUGUCUUUAGCUAUUUUAGAUACCGCUGGAAAUGGUCAAGCAUCGUACAUUCAAGAAGGUGACGGUUUCAUCGUUGUAUACUCSAUAACAGACUAUUAUAGCUUCGAAGUAGCGCGCCAGUUGAUCAAGCUGAUCAAAGAAGUGCGACGAACCGAUGACAUUUGCCAGGUACCUAUUGUCCUGGUUGGGAACAAACGAGAUUCAAGAAGAGGACGAUCAGUGUCGAAGAACGAGGCCCGCGAAGUGGCUUCAGAGUACGGCUGUUCUCACUACGAGACGUCCGCCCUCACGAAUCGUAAUGUUCACGUAGUGUUCUAUAACAUGGUGUUCCAAGUAAGGUUCACUAAAGCAUCGAAUAGAGAAUCUAAGAAGAGUCAGGCGUCACCUGCUGGUCCACAUAACGGUUUCUUGAACUCUGUUAAACAGUUGUUUCAUCCCGCUGGAAGAAUGUCGUCCAGACGAGCCAGUUUACCGUCCUGAAGUCAGACCAACACCGUCGUUUCGUCAUYAGAUGACGUCAUCUUUGACCGUGACAUCAYCAUUAUAACUUCUUUGACGUCAUUGCUCUCCAUCUUCGCUGACGUCAACUUAAUGRUUGCUGUGAUUAACAAUGAMGCCACUUUGAAKUAUUCACAAGGAAAAGCAUCRCAAUGGUUGACGUCACUGUUGCCAUGGUAAACAUGUGGCACCAAAAAUGACGUGUGGUAGUUAAUCCAAGUUUCUAUAAAAAAGGGGAAAUUCUCUCAGUCAAAGCAAACGAGUUGUAGCCGACAUUUAAGAGGUGAUAAAUAUUUAGACCGUAGUUAGAUAUUGGCCUAUGGCCUAUCACUCAAACAGACCUUUUUCGAAAGUUURUAAAAUACCGCUGUGUUCCUUGUCUACAGAUUCAUUUACUCAGGGUUAGCCUCGAAUCAAUGUCAAAAUAUUGAAAUGCCAAAGGUAAAGUAAAGAAGGCACAACCGCGACACAAACACUGAAUUUGAAAUUCAACAGACAUCCACAAUAUUCCAACACAUUAAUGUUCUACGAUAAAACGAGGCUAACCUUGCGUCGGUAAAUGAAUUCCUAGUUACAUAGAACAUCGGAAAUUUUUACGAAUUUGAUAAAGGUCUCUAGAAACUGCCGGGACGGUAUGAAUAAUACGGCCAACUCAUGACCGGUAUGGACAGGCGACCACUSUCUUCUAAAACUGAAAUUUAAAGUUAAACUUAAGAUGUAAAAUAUUCUUCCAGGAAAAUGGACAAAAACAAAAACCAUUCAAGUUGUGAUAAACCRUUUAAAUGGUUUGUAGAAUUAGAAAAGGCUGUAGAUAGUUCUAAACAUUACCCUGUGUAAGUUAAAAGAGUAAAAGAAAUCGAAUCGCAUAUAUAUUUGUGUAAGUGGUACAUUUAAUUCAAGUAAAUUAAAGUUUCGACACAAGACUAAGCACA